AUGGUCAGCCUGACCACUUGGGGCGCCAUGCCCCAGGUCCCGCCGUCGCCCACGCUUACGAACCCCGACCUCAUCUUGCCCGACCUCAGCGACGGCCAGGACUCGACUCCCUCUCCGCGCCUGCGAUUCCAGGCCCCGCCCUCGCCCCCGUCGCACCUGCUGCGCCAGAGCUUCCAGCUGGCAAAGGCUCCCCCCGCCCGACGCAGCCGCUCCAAUUCGCGCCCGGCCACGGCCAUGCGCAUGUCGAGCACCGGCUCCGUCCAUUUCGACGGCUUUGAUAGCGAGGUUGAUGGCGACACGACCCCCAAGGGACAGACCAACCAGGAAGACCAUGCGCCCCCCCAGGACACGCCGCGCACCAACGUGAUGCACAACUGGCAGAGAGACAUGGAGCGCAAGGCCCAGGAGCAUGCCAGGCUCGGGGACGCUGACAGCGCAAACUACUCGACCAGCCCGGACGGUGCGCACGGAGACAGCGACGGUAGCGGAAGCGCCGAUGACAGCGACGGACGCUACAGUAGCUUGCCGUACGUGGCGGACAGCGAUGGCGAUACGGAUAAUGAGCAAUGGCUGGAAGGCCAGGAGGAAUUGGACCUCGAGGCAAUUUCCUCCGCUGCCCUGAGCAAGAGAGCGGAAAUGAUCCUCGCCAACGCCAAGAAAAGGCUCAAUCUGAUGGAAGGCAACCUCAGAGGUGCGCGGCAGUCACUCAAUCCGCCACAGCGUCCGCCUUCAUACACCUCUUACCACUAUUACAAAAGAGCUUCCAGCAUCUCGCCCACCCCCAAAGGCUCCGGCCCCAUCUACAUUCCGCAGGCCAGGCAUUCCUCCUUUCACUCUACCUCGAACGGAAGCCUUGGCCAUUCGCGUGUGUACAGCGACAUAUCUGUGUCGUCCGUGGCCUCGCCGCCCAAUUCUGUCAUCUCGCACAGAGGCCAACCUCCUGAAAAGCGGGCCGUUAGCGCCAUGGGACGUUUUAGUGGCCAGUGGUCCCCACACGACUUCAGCCUCGGCAAUACCGUGGGCAAUCGCGCCAGCGGUUUGCGCGGAGUACGAAGCCAAGAGGUCAUCAAGCACCCAUGGGUGCCCCCCGAACAGCACAAUCACCGUUCGGUUUCGCGGACGUCGAAUUAUCAGGCAUCACCGACGUUGGAAACGCUGCGGGAGGAUGAGGGCUACAACAAAACAGGAGCUGAUCUGCGGCGCUCGGCCUCCACUACGAGCGAUCUGCGGGCACAAAUGCACGAUCUCAAGGGGAGGAUCUCGAGUCUAAAGGAGCGAGCCCGGGAAGAAGACAUGAAAAGACGCAGCCUCCAAAACCUUCGAACUCCUAGCCCCUUCACUGCCGCUCCUAGUUGGGAUUCUAGUGCCGACCAGUACGCUAACGGCACGCCAUCUUCAUCAAGUUCCGAGGGCAACGCUUACGCAAUGCCCUACGACUCGUCUCCCGCAGAAGCUCGCAACGGAUAUCAUGAGAAGGAGUCCGGAGCCCAACAGGAUCAGUACGAUGUGGAUGAAGACGAAUCGAGCGAAUCAGGAUCUGAAGACACCCGCAUCCUGGACGAUCGUGGACCGACCGCUACCGAGGACGUUGGGUACGAAGACAACAACAGGGAAGUGGAUGGAGAAAGCAUUUAUGAAGACGCACCCCAAGUCAUUGCUGAACGCCAUGAGGAUCGCGCAGACGCUUUCGACUACGAGCACUUUUUCCUCCACAGCGCCAUGGGUACUUACACCCGCGAAAACCGCAGUCAGAGCAUCAGUUCCGAGGAUUCGGUGGAAACUACCAGGCCGGUGUCGCCUCCUCCGAAAGUACCCGCGUUGCCUGAGUCCGCUCUGUCUCCGCACAGGCGUACACGCAGUCAGGACUCUAUUUCCACUGUAGCCACGUUCCAAACUGCCACUGAGGGAAACGGUCCAGGUUCGGAUAGUGAAUCUGAAGAGAGCAACGAAGCUCUUGACCAAUUCACCGAGCAGGCUCUUGGCCAUCAACUCCCCCUCAAACCGAGCAGCCAAAGUCUGCGCUCGACCUCAAGCGGCAAUAGUCAAUUGCGUUCGACUGGAAGUUUUUACAGCCAACACACGUCUUCUAGUGGACAACGCCGGCUGAGAUCUGCAGGCAGCUCCAUCCAUUCGCCAGGCGACUCAACACCGGAGAUUCUCGACCCCACCUCGAAGAUCAUGGCCUCUUUCUUCAGUCAACAGAAGGAGAGAGGCCAGCUGACGCCGCUCAAGCAAAAGGACGAGGAUUUGCUAUAUGCUCUGACGACCAGCAUCCAGCAAGUGUGCGCUAGACUCCAGAAUGCCCAGGACGACGAUUACGAAACAAAAGUUUGGCGACGCAGGCUCGAUGCGGCCCGGAAGAUCCUCGAUGGUGUGUCCCACGAAGACAUCUGA